GGUGAGGGUGGUAGUUGAAGAAUAGCUGAAGCUUAACUUCAUGGCAAUGGUGACCCUGCAACCAACAGCACCCUCCUUCUUACGUGGUUUCUCUCAUUAGGUGGAGAACCCAUUACAAACCCCUCCUUUUCCCACCGUUCUUAAGAUACAAACCACCCUAUCCUCAUCACCUCUCAAAACUCUCACCUCCUUCUCCAACGGACAAAAAGAGAGAUAGGACACACAGACAGACAGAGAGCCUCGAUCUGUCGCCAUGGAAGCCAGCGCUGGACUGGUUGCGGGAUCUCACAACCGCAACGAGCUCGUCGUCAUUCACGGCCACGAAGAGCCAAAGACAUUGAGGAACUUGGAUGGUCAAGUUUGUGAGAUAUGCGGUGAUGAAGUCGGGUUGACGGUGGAUGGAGAUCUGUUUGUUGCUUGCAAUGAGUGUGGUUUUCCAGUGUGCCGACCUUGCUAUGAGUAUGAGAGAAGAGAAGGCAGCCAGAAUUGCCCUCAGUGCAAAACCAGAUACAGGCGUCUCAAAGGGAGUCCAAGGGUGGAGGGAGAUGAGGAUGAAGAAGACGUGGAUGAUAUCGAACAAGAAUUUAAGAUCGAAGACGAAAAGAAAAAGAAUGAGUACAUUGUGGAUGCCAUGCUUCAUGGGAAGAUGAGCUAUGGAAGAGGCCCUGAAGAUGAUGAAAAUGCUCAGUUCCCCGUACCUGUCAUCACCGGUGGUAGAUCCCGACCGGUUAGUGGGGAGCUGCCAUUAUCUCAUGGUCAUGGAGAGCAGGUUCUGUCUUCAUCGCUGCAUAAGCGAGUGCAUCCAUAUCCAGUUGCUGAUCAUGAGCUUGGAAGUGGAAGAUGGGAUGAUAAGAAGGAAGGAGGGUGGAAAGAUAGGAUGGAGGAUUGGAAAAUGCAGCAGGGCAACCUGCAGGGUCCUGACGCCGAAGAAUUGAACGAUGAAAUGGCCUUGAUGGACGAAGCAAGGCAGCCACUGUCUAGAAAAGUACCUAUAGCAUCAAGCAAGAUCAACCCAUAUCGAAUGCUCAUUGUGGCUCGGCUGAUAGUGCUUUCGUUGUUUCUCCGAUAUCGAAUAUUGAACCCUGUCAACGAUGCCUUUGGUCUCUGGUUAACAUCUGUGAUCUGUGAAAUCUGGUUUGCAAUUUCAUGGAUUCUUGAUCAGUUCCCCAAGUGGUUACCCAUUGAUCGUGAGACCUACCUUGAUCGUCUUUCUUUCAGGUAUGAGAGGGAGGGAGAGCCUAAUAUGCUAUCUCCAGUGGAUGUGUUUGUGAGUACAGUGGAUCCGAUGAAGGAACCUCCACUUGUUACAGCCAACACAAUUCUUUCAAUUCUGGCCAUGGACUACCCAGUUGAUAAGGUCUCAUGCUAUAUUUCUGAUGAUGGAGCUUCGAUGCUCACAUUCGAAGCCCUGUCCGAAACUGCAGAAUUUGCUAGGAAAUGGGUACCUUUCUGUAAGAAAUUUUCUAUUGAGCCUCGAGCUCCCGAGAUGUACUUCUGUGAGAAAAUCGAUUAUCUGAAGGACAAAGUGCAGCCUACUUUUGUCAAGGAGCGGCGGGCUAUGAAGAGAGAAUACGAGGAAUUCAAGGUAAGGAUCAAUGCUCUUGUGGCCAAAGCCACAAAGGUUCCUCCGGAAGGGUGGAUCAUGCAAGAUGGAACUCCAUGGCCUGGAAACAAUACAAGGGAUCACCCUGGUAUGAUCCAAGUAUUUCUUGGCCACAGUGGAGGACUUGAUACUGAAGGAAAUGAGCUUCCUCGUCUUGUCUAUGUAUCUCGUGAGAAAAGGCCUGGUUUCUCACAUCACAAGAAAGCUGGUGCCAUGAAUGCUCUGGUUCGGGUCUCUGCGGUGCUCACAAAUGCUCCAUUCAUGCUGAACUUGGAUUGUGAUCAUUAUAUUAACAACAGCAAGGCUGUGAGAGAGGCUAUGUGUUUCUUGAUGGAUCCCCAGGUUGGAAAGAGGGUCUGCUAUGUCCAGUUCCCUCAAAGAUUUGAUGGCAUUGAUAGGAAUGAUCGAUAUGCCAAUAGAAACACUGUCUUCUUUGAUAUUAACAUGAAGGGUCUGGAUGGAAUUCAAGGUCCGGUUUAUGUGGGUACAGGCUGUGUUUUCAGAAGGCAAGCUUUAUAUGGAUAUAAUCCUCCAAAGGGUCCUAAGCGUCCAAAGAUGAUAAGCUGUGACUGCUGCCCAUGUUUUGGACGCCGCAAGAAGCUUCCCAAGUAUUCUAAGAAUGAUGCAAAUGGAGAGGGUGCAAGCCUACAAGGAGUGGAUGAUGACAAGGAGGUACUGAUGUCCCAGAUGAAUUUCGAAAAGAGAUUUGGACAGUCUGCAAUUUUUGUGACUUCAACCUUAAUGGAAGAAGGUGGUGUCCCUCCAUCGUCAAGUCCAGCAGCUCUACUUAAAGAAGCAAUUCACGUAAUCAGUUGUGGUUAUGAAGACAAAACAGAAUGGGGUCUUGAGCUAGGUUGGAUUUAUGGAUCUAUCACAGAGGAUAUUUUGACGGGUUUCAAGAUGCAUUGCCGUGGUUGGAGAUCAAUUUACUGUAUGCCAACAUUACCUGCAUUUAAGGGUACAGCACCCAUCAAUUUGUCAGAUAGGCUCAACCAGGUGCUUCGGUGGGCACUGGGUUCCAUUGAAAUCUUUUUCAGUCACCAUAGUCCCCUAUGGUAUGGCUACAAGGAAGGAAAGCUCAAAUGGCUCGAGCGAUUUGCUUAUGUCAACACAACUGUUUAUCCUUUCACCUCGCUAGCUCUUCUCGCUUAUACUGUCCUCCCUGCCAUCUGCUUGCUCACUGAUAAAUUUAUUAUGCCACCGAUAAGCACUUUUGCAAGUCUCUACUUCAUUGGUCUGUUCAUCUCCAUCUUUGCAACCGGUAUUCUUGAGUUGAGAUGGAGUGGAGUGAGCAUUGAAGAAUGGUGGAGAAAUGAGCAAUUCUGGGUCAUUGGUGGUGUGUCAGCCCAUCUAUUUGCUGUCAUACAAGGCCUUCUGAAGGUUUUGGCUGGAAUUGACACCAACUUUACUGUUACAUCCAAGGCAACAGAUGAUGAAGAAUUUGGAGAAUUAUACACCUUUAAGUGGACAACCCUUCUAAUCCCACCUACCACAAUUUUAGUAAUAAACCUUGUUGGAGUUGUUGCUGGGAUAUCAGAUGCCAUAAACAACGGAUAUCAAUCAUGGGGACCAUUAUUUGGAAAGCUCUUCUUUUCAUUCUGGGUAAUUGUCCAUCUCUAUCCGUUCCUUAAAGGUCUGAUGGGGCGGCAAAACAGGACACCAACUAUUGUUGUGAUAUGGUCAAUCCUUUUGGCCUCUAUCUUCUCCUUGCUCUGGGUCCGAAUUGAUCCAUUUGUGUUGAAAUCCAAGGGCCCUGACGUUAAGCAAUGUGGAAUCAACUGCUGAAUAUAUUUGUAUUUCCCUUAUCUUUUAUCUGUGCAUCUCCAGAAGAUACAUGAUACAUUAUUGUUUAUAUGAGUAUGAUGUAUGAAUCAAGAACGUGGAGAUGCUCAAGAAUGAAUAAAGCUAGAGUGGAAAAUUUUUGUGUAGCAUAAAUUCAAUGUAUCCAGUUUUGCAAGUGAAAUGGAAACUGUUGCUUAUAAUGCUUUUGACACCAA